CAGGACACCUCCUUGAAAUUACACACCAUUCAAAUAAAAUUCAAACGAAAGAACCCUGGAACAGGAGAGCAGUGCUUCAGGAGCAGGGGGGAUGAACCGUGAGGAAGCCCCUGGGAAGUCUCCUGAGGAGAUGUACAUUCAGCAGAAGGUGCGGGUGCUACUCAUGCUAAAGAAGAUGGGAUCAAAUCUGACGCCAAGCGAGGAGGCAUUUCUGCGGAAUUACGCAGGUGUGGUACACAGUCAGAUGAGUCAGCUACCCCAGCAUCCCAUUGACCAGGGUGCUGAGGACGUAGUGAUGGCCUUCUCCAGAUCAGAAACUGAAGACCGAAGGCAGUGACCUCUUGCCACGUCUCCCAUCUUACUACAUCAACCUCCACCACAACACUGUUGAUUGAAGGAGAGCAUGGAACGUCUGAGAUGGGAGAGGGACGGGGGCCCCCCAGCGCUUCGCCACCUCCCUCCCUUCCUCCUUCCUCCCUCCCUCCCUCCCUCUUUUCCCUCCUCUUCUUCACACUAACUGUCACACUAAACCCAGAGGGCCAGAGGCCCGGGGACAUGGAGUAGAAUGGGUUUCUUAAAGCAAGUGAGAAAGACCAUGUGUGGGCGUGUUAACUUUCAUCAGUUUUUGUUUUCGUUUUUGUUUCGUUUUUUUAACGCUUUAAGUGGUGACGUGUGUUUGUUUUGGUGAGUGUCUGGACCAAGAGCCUCAUAUAUCUGGUCAAAGAAAGAAAGAAAGAAAGAAAGAGAGAUAUUUUGGAAGUGUUAUAAACAGAAGCCUUUUUUGGGGGGGAAUGUCAUUUGAAGACAUCCAUUCAUUUGGUUUGUUAAUAUUUUGUUGUUGUAUUCAUUUUUCGCAGGGUUUUUUUUUUUUUUUUUUUUGCAGGUUGCGUUUUUUCGAAUUGUGAUGUAGGUCCUUGGUUAAUUUGGUUUCACUGUUCCUUCAAAUGGAUUGUAAUCUUAACACGAUAGUUUCUUUCCCAUAACAUGUAUGCUGCAGAGGAAGUCAGUGUGCAACAUGAUAAAAGAGUAGGACUGUAAUAUUGAUCAAGCACAGAUUCAUGAAAUGAUGUACACAAGGAUUUCCUGACUCAUAUUGUCAUGUUUUGGACUAAUAUAACAUUGUGUAACUUUUUUUUAUUUUUAAUUGUACAGACAAUAAGAAAAAAAAAUCAAAACGCGAAUGAAUUGUGCCAACUGUGUUUGUAUUGUGAACAUUUUAAAGUUAUCCAAUGAAUGUCUUAGGUCCUUAUUUAUUUUUAUUAUCUCAAGAACUAAUGCUGAAAUCAGCCAAUCAAGGCAGAGGGCCAGGACCCUUCUUCUUAGUGAACAAAAGGCAUAUUGGCCUUUAAGGGAAACAAAACUCUAAAACAUUCAGGCUGAAAAUGAACCAAACCACAGCCUUAAACUUUGCGACAGACUAAAUUAGAACAGAUUAGAACACACUUAAACAAUGCAGUCGGGAUCAUGCUACCCGCAUCCUUUCCCUCAGACAACGCCUUCACCUUUAACACAGAAAUCACAACAGAAAUUCCAGAUCUGUUGUGGACAUCCAGAAGGACACUACAAUAUUACUAGUCCUCUCACUAACAGUCAGAACUGAUCAAAAACACGUCUUCAAGGCUCCCAAGUGGCCUGUGUCGACUGAACGGUCUGUAUUCUAGAAUUAACUCAGUUUUUAGUGUUGUUACUUAAUUCUAAACUGGAAUGUUUCUCUGUUUUGAUUCUGAUAGUUUAAAAACUAGGCUUUGGAAACUUCCGUUGUAGUGAUUCGAGUUCACGCUCAAAAUCUUCGAUAUUUAUGUGUGUACGUAUAUUUUGUUAACUUGCUUAACUUAAUUGUAACUUAAAUGUUUUUGACAUGACGCAUGCCUGCCUUGUGGUUUUAUAGUGUUCAUCAUUUGCCUAGAUUUGUGACAAAAUUGAAAAAUUUGCUGCAAUGACUGUUGCUUGUCUUUUUUUUUUUUUUUUAAUUUGUGGAAGCUUGUUCUUUUAAACAUACCAGAAGACUGUCAAUAAUAUAAAUUCUUGACAUCCUAUUGGCAAUAAAUUUUUAAUUGAAUGUCCUCACUGAUCACAAGCAUUUAAACAGCCAACAAAUAACAUUGUAUCCACUAGUGACAGGAAGGUUUAUCCUAUUAUGUUUACAAUUGUUUUAAAACCCUUAUUUGUCUAUGCAUUUUUUAACCUUAAUUAGUAUAAAGGGUGUUUUACUG